AUGAACUUAUGCUCGGCACAGGGAAUUGAGACAGCGACGGUUUUGCCAGAAAACAUACUAGACGUCAUAAGAAAGGCGAACGCCAGUGAAAUACGACAAAUCUUGAAUAACACCAGAAGAAUUAUACUCGGGUCUCAAGCUACACACACUCGUCCUUAUAUGGUAUACCUAAAACUACCGUCAAACAGCGCUAAGUUCCAAGACUACAAACGGUGGUUGUGCGGCGGUAUUAUCGUCCACGAGGAGUAUAUCCUCACCUCAGCAGCCUGUAUCGAGGACGUCAGGCAUUUCUACAUCGUCUCAGGAACUUACAAAUUCUCAUUCGAUCAAGAUCGCUAUAACAAUCCUUGUAUCAAAAACGGAGCUAAAAAAGCUGUAUGGAAAUGUAUUCCCCGAAAUUAUGUCUUCGACGGUCAUGAGAACGACAACAUUCGAUGGAUGAACAACGACAUCGCUGUGGUCAAAGUGGAAGACGAGUUCGACUUCACGAGGCGUGUCAGGGGGUGUGACUACGCUCCCAAACCCAUCUGUUACAAUAAUCAGAGCACAAAGUUUGAAGCAGCUGGCACACCCGCCUCUAUUGCCGGUUGGGGUAGCAAGGAUAAGUAUAACGAUUGGGUCAACUCACGUAGGAACUACGAUGUGGAGGACCUAAUUCAUGCUCCUGUGACAAUCUUGGGUAAAGUUCAAUGCAAGAAGCGUUGGGGACAACGGUACCAUAACAUCAUCGACAAUUAUAUGAUCUGCACUAAUGAUUUCUCAUCGGAUCUCAGCGAGAUUUGCAAGGAGAAAUAUGUAGACUGUACAGAUAUCGUAGAAGAUUCAGAUGAAGCAGGCAGAAGAUCAAAUCCUGAAGAGAUACCUGUUCAUUCCGCACAUCACAUUAACCAAAACAACUCUUUGAGGAGACAGAAAGACGAAAAAGAUGGCGGAUUCUGUGAGAAUGAUCACGGUGGUCCCCUGGUGCACGGGACUGGCAUAAGCUCCUUAGCUAUCGGCAUCAUCUCUGCGUGUUUAGUCCGGGAGAAGACCAACCAGUGCUACGGGCCUUUCCUUUACACCAGCAUCUAUAAGAAUCGUAUGCUUAUCAACUGCGCCAUUUAUAAGGAUGUCGGUAAUGACUGCAGUAAGCUGUUCAGAGCUGGCACGACACACACUGAAGUGGAAAUGAAUUGGUCCGACCAUCCUGAUGGACCUGCUAAGAAUGAAAUCAAAGUCAUGCGAAGGAAAGAAGAGGAGGAGAAACGAAAACUUGUUGCAAGUGGUGGAGUCAGCAUUGCCACGGGAAAUAACGCAACUGACCACGUUGGUAGAAACGACAAAAAUACUGAAGAUGUUAAUAAGCAUGAUUCCCAUCCUGAUCGUCCUUUAGAACACGAUGGUCUUAUCCUUAGAUCUCGUGAUGAUGAUCCACCAGCAAAUAAAACCAAACAUAUAAAGUCUACGACACCAAAUGUACCGGUCGCUACCACAAACCGUGCACCAUGA